GAAGGCGGAAGUGAGUGUUGCAUUGUGGGACGGUAAGCGGGUGAAAGAUGGCGGCGCGCGUCCUCUCCCGGUGUGUCCGGACACUGAGCCGCAGCGCGGUGCUGCUCGGUCGCUGUGACGCGGCGGCGGCCGUUCCUCUGUGCCGGGGACGAGCGUUCUCUCAGCUGGCGGCGGGACACAGACCUCUGCUCGCGCAGGCUCCUGGUGUGAUUCAGCGGCGACGCUACGGUGACCUUCCACCUUUAACACUCGAAUCUAUCAGAGAUCGCGUUCUCUACGUCCUCAAACUGUACGACAAGAUCAACCCAGAGCAGCUCCAGGUCACGUCUCAUUUCAUGAAGGAUUUGGGCCUGGACAGUCUGGACCAGGUGGAGAUCAUCAUGGCCAUGGAGGACGAGUUUGGUUUUGAGAUUCCUGACGCUGAAGGGGAGAAGCUGAUGACUCCUGAUGACAUUGUUCAGUACAUCGCAGAUAAGAAGGACGUGUACGAAUGAUCGCUUGCUGAGCAGAGCUGCAUGUGGACCUCAUGACCACUGUAAACCCUGUGUUGUGUUCAGAGACAGAACUUGUUUAUUCUCCUGUUUUGGUUGGACUCGUGUUUGGAGAUCAGCAGGAUUCUCCUGUAGAUGCUGCAGGAUGUUUUCGGAUCUCAUUUAUUGUUCAGUAAAAUGUAAACACGUAAACAUGACCAGAAUAAAAACGUGUACAUCCCUGA